AUGGACGACCUGGUCGACUCUGCUGCACCAGGAGUUGUGUCAGCAGGCCUGGACGCCAUUGCAGGCACAACCAGCCACUCCUGGGGCAUCGGCUCCGCAGCCACGCCCUCCCAGCUCUCCCGCUUUGAGGCGUCCCUGGCGCCGCUGGCUAGCGCACUGCAAGCGUCCGGCGGCCCGUACUUGAACGGGGCCCAGCUGUCGGUUGCAGAUGUCGUGAUUUUUCCUUUUGUGGAGAGGUUUGAGCUGGCGCUGCGGCUGUUCCAGGAGUACGACCUCUCGCACUUUGCUGGCGGCAGCGUGGCGCAGUGGCUGGUGUACCUGGUGGACGGGUUUGAGACAACAGCUGCGGCAGUAGCUGCCAUAAAGGCCAGUGGCCACUUUCCAGUUUGCUAUUUCAGUGCCGGUUCCCACGAGAACUGGCGCCUCGACCAGGCGCAGUUCAAUCAGGCUGACAUUGGCAAGCCGCUCCAGGGCUGGGAGGGCGAGCACUGGCUGAACAUACGCUCAGAGGCAGUGAAGACGAUCAUGGUCAAACGCAUGGAGAUGUGCAAGGCCAAGGGCUUCAUUGCUGUUGACCCCGACAAUGUCGACGGCUACACGAACGACAACGGCUUUGACCUCACAGCAGCGGACCAGCUCGACUUCAACAAGUGGCUGGCUGCCACGGCGCAUGGCCUGGGCAUGGCUGUCGGCCUCAAGAACGACCCCGGACAGGUGGCUGAGCUGGAACCCUACUUUGACUUCUUUGUGGUCGAGGAGUGCCAGCAGGAGGGUUUUUGCGGCAAGUACGCACCCGCCAAGGCGGUGUGCAAGCCCGUGUUCAACGUUGAGUACGAGCAGGCGUUUUUCCAGGACGCAUGCGCUUGCCAGGCCGCCUACGGCAUCACGACGAUCUUCAAGGUAGGCGCGCACGCUUGA